UGUUCUGACAUUGUUUGAAAUUAACAGAAAUAAAGAGAGAGAGAAAAUAAUAAGCGCAGUAGCAUAUGCUAGAAAGAAAAAAAAAUCUAAGCCACGCUCAAGGUAUAUAUAGAGUCGCAUUUAUUCACCCCCCGCAUUGUUUUUGAAGCAAUAGACUUUUAUCCGCAAACCUCCCAAAAAUGUAUAAAGCCAGAAUUGGACUAUUGACAAGAACUCUGUUAUCACAGAGACAAAUACCUCAAAAACAAGUGAGGAUUUUACAAGCCUACUCUUCCUUACGUAAAGUUAGACAACCUGGUCCGCGUAGUCGUGUAUUGAGUCAUGUUGAACCUCUUAGAAAGACUCGUACUCCUGUGGCACCUCAAGCAGCCAGUGCAGUGGAAGGUGGUUUAGAGCACAAUGACGACACUGUCGACAACACUACAAGUCCCAUUAGUGACACACUUGUCCAAGUACCUACAGAUGCAGAGCACCAAGUGAUAAAACCCGACUCAGCUGGAGCAGCCUUGUUGACACAACCUGCGAUUGUGGUGGGAAGAGAACUGGAGAUGAUGAAUGUGUUUUUAGGAUACGAGCAAGCCAACAAGUAUAAGAUUAUGGAUGCCAAUGGCAACCAUCUUGGAUAUAUUGCAGAGGAAGAAGGAUUUGGUAAAAGCAUCAGUAGACAAUUAUUGCGUACACAUCGAAAGAUGAAUGCCACGAUUUUGAAUCUGGAAGGUGAUGUCAUGUUCAAGAUUGUUCGACCUUAUUCUUUAGUGAAUAGCCGCAUCUAUAUUUAUACUGCGGAUGAUGAAUUAGUCGGAGAAGUGCAACAACGUUGGAAUUUGGUGAGAAGAAAAUACGACUUGUUUGUUGGUACCUCUCAAUUUGCCUCGAUUGAUACACCCUUUUUGGGUUGGGACUUCAAUUUGACAGAUGAACAUGGAGGUGCAUUGGGUAAUGUCAGCCGAAACUUUGUUGGUUUUGCAAGAGAAAUAUUUACAGAUACAGGUGAAUAUGUCUUGAGAAUGGAUGCUGUCGAUGGUAAUUCAAGAGGUAUGACCUUGGAUGAAAGAGCCGUAACAUUGGCCUGUGCUAUUUCAAUUGAUUUUGAUUAUUUUUCAAGACACUCAAGUCAUGGCGGUGGUGGAUUCUUACCGUUUCCCAUGAUGAUGGGAGGUGGUGAACGUCAUGAAGGUGAAGUGGAUGGUGGCGCUGUGACUGGUGGCGCUGCUGCUGGUGGAGCAACUGGCGCUGCCACUGGAGGUGCUGUGGGUGCUGCUGGUGGUGACUUUGGUGGUGGUAGCUAUGGCUCUGGUGAUUACGGUUCUGCAUCCACACCCCCACCUCCACCUCCACCUCCAGCGGAGAAUACAAAUGAAUGGGGAGAUCCUUGGUUAUCUGAUGAACAAGCUGGUGUAUCCAAUCCUGAUGACGAAGGAGGUUUUUUUGAUAGCUUGAGCGACUUUUUUGGCGACAGCAAUUAAAUAAAAAAAUAAAAAGUUUAAAUUUUGUACUUCUUUUUUCGUUUCUAUUAUUUUUCCACCUUUUUUACAGUAUAUCAAUGUUGAAAAGCCGUCUUGUGUUUAGUGCAGUUCUCAAACGAAAGUUUCAUGCAUUGCCUAGUUUUGAAAAGUUUGUCAUCACGCCCGAGAUUAAGUCGGCUAUCCUUCAAGGAAGACCUGUAGUUGCUUUGGAAUCCACAAUCAUCAGUCAUGGUAUGCCGUAUCCUCAGAAUGUAGAGACAGCCAAAGCAGUAGAAGAUAUUAUUCGAGAUCAAGG